AUGGUUGAUUUUCUCCGAAAGGUAGAUAUAGAAGUUUCUGUUAUGGAAUUCGUUCUUAAACCUGAAGAUACUAUGAUAUUACUAUUCCAAACAGUGAAGAUGAGUUCUUCUAUUGUUAAAGCAGAGGAGAUAUCAGAUAUAUCUAAUGCUUUAAUUAUCAAUCAUGAGACUGCUAAAUUAUUGGAGAAUAAGCCAAAGAAGACUUUAGAAGAGAUGAGUUCUUUAGACCGCUUAUAG